ACCAACUUCCCUUCUUUGUAUUGUAGCAUUCUAUUUCACCUUUCAUCCCCACACCUCACUCUGCAAUGAGUACUCUCCCCACAACACAAGGCAAAACCGUACCAGAUGCCUCUGAUUACAAGGGUCGCCCCGCAGAGAGGUCCAAUACCGGUGGUUGGAUUGCAUCCGCCAUGAUAUUAGGAGGAGAAGUGAUGGAGAGGUUGACAACACUGGGCAUCGCCGUGAAUUUGGUAACAUAUUUGACCAACACCAUGCAUUUGGGCAAUGCUGCCUCUGCCAACGUUGUCACCAACUUCUUGGGAACCUCCUUCAUGCUCUGCUUGCUCGGUGGCUUCUUAGCCGAUACUUUUCUCGGAAGAUACCGCACUAUCGCCAUCUUCGCAGCGGUUCAAGCAACUGGUGUUACAAUCUUGACAAUAUCGACCAUAAUUCGGAGCCUACAUCCUCCAAAGUGCACGGGAGACACUGUCCCACCAUGCGUACGAGCAAACGAGAAACAGCUAACGGUUUUGUAUUUGGCACUUUACCUAACGGCCCUUGGCACUGGCGGGUUGAAAUCGAGUGUAUCCGGGUUCGGGUCGGAUCAGUUUGAUGAUUCGGACCAAGAAGAGAAGAAGCAUAUGAUUAAAUUCUUCAACUGGUUCUACUUCUUCGUGAGCUUAGGGUCUCUGGCUGCAGUGACAAUUCUGGUGUACAUACAAGAUAACCAAGGCAGAGAGUGGGGUUAUGGGAUCUGUGCGUGUGCGAUUGUGAUGGCGCUUCUUGUGUUCUUGUCGGGUACGAGGCAGUACCGGUUCAAGAAACUUGUGGGUAGUCCCCUGACUCAGAUUGCUGAGGUGGUGGUGGCUGCUAUUAGGAAGAGGAACUUGGAAUUGCCCUCUGAUUCCUCAUUGCUCUUUAACGACUACGAUACCAAGAAGCAGACCUUGCCGCAUAGCAAGCAGUUCAGAUUUUUGGACAGAGCUGCAAUCAAGGACUCAUCUGAAGUUGGUGGUGGAAUCACGGUGAAGAGGAAGUGGUAUCUCUGUACCUUAACAGAUGUGGAAGAAGUGAAAUCGGUGCUAAGAAUGCUACCCAUAUGGGCAACCACCAUAAUGUUUUGGACCAUCCAUGCUCAAAUGACCACAUUCUCAGUGUCACAAGCGACCACCAUGGACCGCCACAUAGGAAAAAAGUUUCAAAUCCCGGCAGCAUCGAUGACGGUCUUCUUAAUCGGAACAAUUCUGUUAACGGUUCCCUUUUACGACCGCUUUAUUGUUCCGGUGGCAAGGAGAGUGCUUAAGAACCCGCAUGGGCUAAACCCUUUGCAAAGAGUUGGAGUUGGUUUAGUCUUGUCAGUGUUGGCUAUGGUGGCAGGAGCACUAGUAGAAAUAAAGCGAUCGAGAAAUGCGCAAUCACAUGGUUUGGUUGAUAAUCCACAGGGAAAGAUUCCAAUGACCGUGUUUUGGUUGAUCCCACAAAAUUUCUUAGUGGGGGCAGGAGAGGCGUUUAUGUAUAUGGGGCAGCUUGAUUUUUUCCUUAGAGAAUGUCCCAAAGGGAUGAAAACAAUGAGCACGGGACUGUUCUUGAGCACGUUGUCCUUGGGAUUCUUCUUUAGCUCCUUGUUAGUAUCUAUAGUCAACAAAAUGACAGCUCAUGGAAAGCAAUGGCUUGCAGAUAAUCUUAACCAAGGGAGACUCUACGACUUUUAUUGGCUUUUGGCUACGCUGAGUGCUAUAAACGUUGUGUUAUUCUUGGUUUGUGCUAAGUGGUACGUCUACAAGGAGAAGAGACUUGCUGAGGUGGGCAUAGAAUUGGAAGAAACAGACGAUGCUGCUACUUUCCAUGCGUAGGAUUUUUCUCCUACAACCUUUUCUCUCUUUUUCUUUUUUUCUUUCUUUCUUUUUUUUUUUUUUUUUUGGGAAAUAACUUGCUGCUUGUAUUAAUAUGAUAAUUUAGCUUUUGGUUACCACAAUUAAGAUUGUAAGUUGUAACCAUUUUCAAAGUGCCUAUACUGUGGGAAAGAGAAAACAAAUAAAGUGAAUAGUUUGCUACAUAAUCACCAGGUCUUGUUUAUUUUGAGUGUUUUCAUCAAUCUAAUCCAUUUCUUAAUCAUACACACAUAUGUUCUUUUCAAACGUGACAGUUAAGUCCCACUAACCUUUGGAUUAUAGUAAUGUAAGACACAUAAUAUACAGUGGGCAAAGACGAGAUUUCUUUUGGGGUCCAUGGCGAAAACGAGCAUUGGUUUUUAUCCAAGAAUAUAACAAGCUUUUUUUUUUUUUUUCUUUUACAAACAAUAAGCCUGAAAAACGCUACAAGCCCAAAGGCAACUUUUGCAUAUUAAGAAAGGUAUCCGAGGAGAAUGGUUUAACAUGUAUUAAUAACCAUUAAACCAACAAUAUCAGUCCCUGAUGACACUAAACUCGAAAUGAUACCAGUCAAAAUGGAACCCCAAACAUACCUGUAACCUGUUUUAAAACCAUUCACGGAAUAGAUGAUAUCAAUAUAGGUGUGUUUGCAUGUAUAUAUGUAACCUUCUCGUAUUUACAUAAUUUACGUAUAUAUUUUUAUACGUAAUUUAUUUGUCUUAAUAAGUCACGUACCAUCUUACAUCAGACAUUUUACUUUUUGUCACUCUUUUUUUAAGCAUUUUUGCUUAAAUUUUGUUAAUUCCGUUCUAUCCAGUUGGUAAUACUAAAAUUUCCCAAAUUCGUCCAUUCCAAAUUUAUAAAUUUGAAUUUUGAUAUAUGAUACAAAUUGAUAAUUUAUUUAGAUAUUUUUAAUGAAUAAUUUUUUCCUUAACUUAAAAAUUCUUAUAUCUUUGAUUUAUUCGUAUGUAAUAAAAUGAAAUCCUCGAUGUGAUAAUAAAACGUCACUUAUUAUUGUUUAUUCUUUCGUACCUUUAGUUUCACUAUUAUUUGACAAUAGUAAUAUUUUUACUAUUACAUAUAUUUUUUUAAAUUUUACCUUUUAUAUUUUAUCUAAAAUGUAAAAUGCCUGUAUAAUGUUUUUUUAAAAAGCCUAUACGGAUCUUUGAUACCUACUUUUCAUUUUUACUAUCUUUUUCACUAAAUUUUUCGAAUGAAAUCAUAUCUCAAUAAUCACGUUCAAGGUUAUAGGAAAAUAACAAGGAAAAUUUCUUUCGUCGAAGAAAGUAAUAAUGCGCAUUUCUCCCCAUUUAAACGUCUAGCAUGAGCUAUUCCGAAACUUCGUUCCCUGUAUCUUGUCAAUUGUGAAUGUGGUACAAGGAACGGAAUAUGCUUCGAGAAUAGAAAUGGGAAAAUAUAAUGUUUAUCACUGUAUAAGCUG